AUGCGAACAGGUGGUUAUACGAUUCAACAGACACUCACUACAGAGGCUGCUUCUGUUUUGAAGCACUCUCUCACUUUAGCUAGGAGAAGAGGCCAUGCUCAGGUCACUCCUCUCCAUGUCGCAGCUACAUUAUUGUCAUCAAGGACAAGUCUACUGAGAAGGGCUUGCAUUAAAUCUCACCCUGGUUUUUCAACUAAUUACCAGUUCGCCCCUUCUCGUCUCCAUCAUCAUCAUCACCAUAACCAAAACCAUCCUCUUCAGUGCAGAGCUCUCGAGCUAUGUUUCAAUGUCGCACUCAACAGGCUUCCCACUGUUCCUGGUCCUAUGUUCCAUGGUCAGCCUUCUCUCGCAAACGCUCUUGUUGCUGCACUCAAAAGAGCUCAAGCUCACCAACGAAGAGGCUGUAUCGAGCAACAACAACAACAGCAAACGCAAACGCAGCCUCAAACGCAACAAACGCAGCUUCUUGCUGUCAAGGUGGAGCUCGAACAGUUAGUCAUAUCCAUUCUUGAUGACCCGAGCGUGAGUCGGGUCAUGAGAGAAGCUGGAUUUAACAGCACCGCCGUGAAAAACUGCGUCGAAGACUGCUCCGUUUCCUCCGUCUUCUACGGCGGCUCCGUCGUCGGAGUUUUCUCUUCUCCAAACUCUCCCGAUCAACAACAACACCACCACCACAACAACAUCAACCGAUUUCAACACUACCAAAACCCUAAAGAUUUCAACUUUUUAAACCCUAACUUCCCUCUAUGGCAAACCCAUUUCUUAAACCAAUCUCCCGACCAAAACCCACUUCUAAUCUCCUCCUCAUCUUCUCAUCAUCAUCAUCAACAGCGCCUGAGAGAAAUCGAUCUGAAACUCGUCGUUGAUGUUCUUCUGAGGAAAAAAACGAAGAAGAGGAACCCAGUGAUCGUCGGAGACUCAGUUGCGUUCACUGAAGGUUUCGUCUCAGAGCUAAUGGCAAAGCUAGAGAGAGGAGAAAUCGAUCAGACUGGUGAUUUAAAGCAAACACAUUUCGUAAAGUUUCAGUUUUCACCAAUGGCGUCCAAGUUUAUGAGGAGAGAAGACGUAGAGACGAACAUAAAGGAGUUAAGGAAGAAAGUUAUUUCUCUCACGACGAGUGGCAAAAAUGUCAUUAUCUUCGCUGGUGACUUAAAGUGGACAGUCAAAGAGAUUACCAACAACAACAAUGGUGGAAUCGAUGAGAUUUCUUCAUCUUACAGUCCAUUGGAUCAUAUGGUUGAAGAAAUGGGAAAACUAAUCGCUGAGUUUAACGACGAAUUAGACGAUGAUGAUGAUUGCAAAAUCCGAAGGGUUUGGGUAAUGGGAACAGCUUCGUUUCAGACAUACAUGAGAUGUCAAAUGAGACAACCUUCGCUAGAAACACUGUGGGCACUUCAUCCUGUCUCUGUCCCUUCGUCUGCUAAUCUUGGCUUAAGCCUUCAUGCGACAAGUGGACAUGAGGCACGGAACAUGACUAGUGUUAAUGCAACAAGGUCCUUUUCUGGUUAUAAUAAAGCUGAGGAAGAAGACACAAUAAGCUCUGUUCUGAGUUGUUGCCCUGAGUGUGUUACUAGCUUUGAGAGGGAAGCAAAAGCCCUUAAAGCUAACCAAGAAAAGCUCUUGCCUUCUUGGCUUCAAUCUCAUGAUGCAGACAAUUCUUCACAGAGGGAAGAGUUAAUUGCACUGAGGAGAAAAUGGAACAAGUUUUGUGAAACUCUACAUAGUCAGACAGGACAAUUGAGCAUGAUGGGAAAAAACUAUCCCUAUGGUUUACCUUAUGGAUCAUCAAAUGAGUCUUCUAAAUCUGUUUCUCUCAUUGAUUCGUUGGGUUUAAAGCCGAACCAGCGAAGUACAAACUCGAUUGCCAAAUUCAGACGUCAGAACUCUUGCACUCUUGAGUUUGAUUUGGGUGGAAAUGAAUAUGAGAAGGGUGAGUCAAUCAAUGAAGCUGAAGUUGACAAGGGAAACGAGACGAUCACUCUCGAUUUGGGGAGUUCUCUGUUUCGAUCAGAUUCCUUAACAGAGACGAGAAGGCAGAUCAGUGCUUUGGUUAAAGCUUUGGAGGAGAGUAUUCCAGGUCAAACUGUGACAUUGCGUCUAAUUGCUGAGAGUUUAAUAGAUUGCGUGUCAAAGAAGAAAGACAGUUGGAUCAUGAUCGAGGGCAGGGACACAGCAGGGAAGAGGAGAUUAGCUCGUACUGUAUCUGAAUCUGUAUUCGGAUCUUUCGAGUCUCUGGUUCAUAUUGACCUUAAGAAGAAAGGCAACGAGUCAAAGGCCAGCUCGGAAACGCUACUUGCUUGCGGAUUAGAGAACCAUGACAAGGUUGUCUUCUUGAUUGAAGACAUUGAUCUGGCGGAUUCUCGUUUCUUGAAACUCCUUGCUGAUCGGUUUGAGGAGAAACGAAGGAUCAAAGCUGGUAUUGAUCAUCGCCAAGUGAUCUUUAUUUUGACAAAGGAGGAUUCGAACAACGCGAGAAACAUAGACUCUGUUUUGCAAAUUGGUUUGGAGAUCACGGCACAGAGUCCGGGAAAGAAGAGAAAACCCGAGUCGGAUAUCUCGGUUAGGGAGGGGAAGAAUUCUAAAGCCGGAGAGAUAGAGAAUCGGUUUUGGAUUAAGAAGGAAGUAUGCUCGAGUAUCAAUAGCUCUUACCUGGACCUGAACAUAAAAGCUGAAGAAGAAGAAGGUGAGAUCAGUCCAAUCACAAGCGAUUUAACCGGAGAGGAGGAGGAUACGGAGUUCUCUUGCAGCAACUUUCUGAACCGGAUUCAAAACCGGUUUGUCCUAAACCGGUCAUGUGAACCAGGAAUCGAGAAGGCGAUGAUAACAGCAGCUUUCAGGGAGGUAUUUCCAGAUGGGGAAGAGAGAGGCGGGAUUAGGUUUAGCGUGGAGGAGAGGUUAGCGGAGGAGCUGUGCAGCGGCGGCUGCUACGUUCGAAACGGUGCGUUUGAAAGUUGGUUAAAGGAGGUAUUUCAAACGGGGUUACUAACGGUUAAAAAGGGCGGGGAAAAGGAUACGGGUGUAAUUAGGAUGGUGUUUGGGGGUAUAGUUGACAACAAAGGAUAUGGUGGGGGUGUUGGUGGGUACAUGGGUACAUUUCUUCCGAACAAAGUCCAAGUUUCCAAGUUCGAGUAGACCAUCUUUCGUUUUUUAUUGUUUUUAUUUUGUUCUUUUCCUUUUUUCAAUAUGUAAAAUUUCCAUUACUAAUGUGGGGGUUUGACUGGUGUAACUCGUUUUUUUCUUCUUUUCCGAAUGUAAUAUAAAUGCGUUUUAAUUUU